AUGGUGACAUCUACUCCAUUGUCAUCUACGUGUCUUACCCCUAGCAUUUCACAGCGUGCCAUACCUAGUAUCAAAGAUUACGAAAUUAUCAAGCCCAUAUCCAAAGGUGCAUUUGGGUCUGUUUACCUUGCCAAAAAGCGUGUUACAGGGGACUAUUUUGCCAUUAAAGCGAUCAAAAAGGCAGACAUGGUUGCCAAAAAUCAAGUCAUGAAUAUCAAAUCAGAACGUAUGAUUCUCACUCAGCUGGACUCACCAUACGUUGUUAAACUAUAUUAUAGUUUUCAAAGCAAAGAACAUAUAUAUCUGGUAAUGGAGUUUUUAAAUGGAGGUGAUUGUGCUGCGCUGCUAAAAAAUAUGGGGCAACUGGAUGAAACCUGGGCAAAACAGUAUAUUUCUGAAGUGGUUCUUGGACUUGAAUUUUUGCAUUCGCGAGAUAUAAUUCAUCGUGAUCUCAAGCCAGACAACUUACUGAUUGAUUCGAAUGGGCAUAUCAAGCUCACUGAUUUUGGGCUUUCUCGUGUUGGAUUUCUUGGUCGCCGUGCUCGCGAAAAGGUAGAUGAAAAAGACUCGAAACAGUUUGUAGGUACGCCAGACUACUUGGCACCUGAAAGCAUUUUGGGUCUUGGUCAAGGUGCAAGUGUAGACUGGUGGGCUCUUGGUGUCAUUUUAUAUGAAUUUUUGUACGGUAUCCCACCUUUUAAUGCCAAGAUGCCUUCGCAAGUAUUUGAGAAUAUUUUGACAAGGCGAAUCGUCUGGCAUGAGGAUGAUAUUGAAAUGUCAGAUACAGUACGAGAUCUUAUGGAAAAAUUGAUGUGUUCAGAUAUUCAUGCGAGAUUAGGAACUGAAGGCGCUGCAGAAGUGCGAUCGCAUAAAUGGUUUGAUCACGUCGAUUGGGACAAUCUACGACUGAACAAAGCGAAUUUUGUUCCAAAGAUAUCCAAUAUUGAAGAUACAGACUAUUUUGACGAUCGU